AGUCAUAUAGUCAUAUAAUCACAUAGUCUCUGGCAGUAUUUGGUUAUUUUCUAAUCCUUUAGCAAUCCUUUAAUAAUGUUAUUUAUUCAAGUUGUGGCUAACAUUGAAAUGCUCCGCUUGGUACUAAUUGGGUAAUUUUUGUAAAGCUUACAACAGGCGGUGAGAAUGAGAGUAAAUAAAGAAGAUCGAGAAGAGCAACCAAGUGGAUUUGAGGCAGGCAGAAUAUAGCAGAGUAGAGUAGAGUAGAGGAAGUUAUAGCUGGUGAUGAUUGAAACUAAAAAGUUGUUAAUAUGGUUCAUAUGAAGAUAAAAAAGAUAAUCUCUAGAUCGUCACUCAUACUAGCAGCCCUAGUGUUUUUUGGGCUUUGUAUUAUCGACUUGAUAGACAUUAUCGUCAACUCAAAGACAUCAGAUGGAACUACAGCGUUAAAUACGUUUGUCAUAUUGGCGUCGUGCAUCAUAUUUAUAUUGUUGACGUUGUUUCUAAUUAGCUAUCGGUUGUUCAAUUUGAGGCAGUUGUUUCAAGAUAUUCCCAAGAGAUACAUUCCAAUAAGCGAGGGAGAUUUACCAGCUUAUGUGUUGGAAAAGAUCAAUGACACAUUGGAUACCAGUCAAGAGGUUUAUAAUCUGAUCAUCAAGCCAGAGAAAACGAUACAAAACGAUGGGGUGUCAAAUCCAUUGGUUAAUAACAUUUACUUGGAAGAUAGUGCAGAGAUAAUAACAGAUGUGGUACCCAAGAGUUUAGUUUAUGAAGAUGUAAUAAAAUCGAUUGGGGACCGAUUUAAAUUCAAAGAACUAAUCAAAGAUUGCAAUAAGAAAAACAAGAAAAAGAAGAAUAAUAAUAAUAUUAAUGAAGAAAUAUUUGAGAAAUUGAAGAAUCUAUCAUUUCGAGAAAUAUUGUUAUACAUCAAUGAUAACGAUGAUAACAAUGAUAAUGGGAAUGAUAAGAGAGUGAAUGAAAAAAUAAUUAAAGAAUUGAUUGAAAAUUAUGAAAGAUUGAGAUUUUCUAAUAAACCAAUUAGUCAAAGAGAUUUUUUGAGAUUUUUAGAAUUAUUAGUUGACUUUUCAAAGAUUAACAGUAUUUUCUAUAAAAUAUCAAACUACAAAAAUACCGAAGCAUAUGGUGGCCAUGAUGGUGAUAAUAACGAUAACGAUAACGAUAACGAUAAUAAUAAUAAUAAUAAUAAUAAUAAUAAUAAUAAUAAUAAUGAUAAUGAUAACGAUAAUGAUAAUGGUAAUAACAAUAGUAAUCGUGGCAAUUUUGGCAGCAAUAGCUACAGCUUGCUCAAUCCCUAUGGCGACAAUCAGAUGGAGACCAGCUCGUCGUUGGUGCUCUCAGACUCGCUCAUGACGACAUACUCCAGCGACUGUCCCAUCAACAGCCCCAACAACACUCAGGCGACCUUCAGCAAGAUCUUCUCCAAACCAGGCUCCACCCUCAGAAACCUCUCGCUCCCCAGAUUCGCCACACACAGCCGCGCCACAGAGCCUGAUGGCAGUGACGCGCCACGACCAAGCACCAGUACGACACGCAUACACGUGCCCACCGCCACGCGUCGCACACGCAGUCUGCAGACCUCUAGCAUGCAGACCCUGAAUCUCCAGGAGACCCUCGAGAGCACCGACUCCGAGGACGUGGACGUGGCAACGUACUUCCCGCACCUUGCCGCGCACUAGCACGUGUGCUUAGCUCAGCGCUAUAACUAGAGGACCAAUCAGCGAGCGGCGUUUGGGUCUGUGCUGCAACAGGCGGCGGGGUGCGCAGAGGCCGUUUUAAGUUGUGCGCCAGAACUCAGGAGUAGUGAAAAAAAAAGAUAUAUAAGAAGCCCAAGCAAUGACUUUUUUUUUGCAUUCGCUUUCUCUCAACUCCACGA